AUGGACGUGAUUUCUGUCGCUGAUGCGUUCUCUCCAAACCAUUAUCUUCAUCAAUCGCACAAGGGCCCCUAUAGACAAUCUCGACUCGAUAAUUAUUGUAUGGAUAUGUUGACUCAUGAGGGACCAUCGGCGCCUGCUCUGAAUUCUGGAGAGUCUGAAUUACCAUGGGUAGAAAAGUAUCGACCAAAAUACCUCAGAGAUAUCGUGGGAAAUGAAGAAACGGUCAAGAAACUAGGAAUGAUUGCUAGGGAUGGCAAUUGUCCUAACAUGAUCAUCACCGGUUCUCCUGGUAUUGGAAAGACGACAAGUAUACUAGCAUUAGCUCAUGAACUGUUGGGUGACAAUUACAAGCAAGCUGUUGGUAUUGAUGUCGUACGUAACCGUAUAAAGAUGUUUGCCCAAACACACGUCACACUGCCACAUGGUCGUCAAAAGAUUGUUAUAUUGGAUGAAGCUGACAGUAUGACCACAGCUGCUCAACAAGCGCUACGACGAACCAUGGAAUUAUAUUCUGCAACAACACGAUUCGCAUUUGCUUGUAACUUUUCCAGCAAGAUUAUUGAGCCCAUCCAAUCACGUUGUACCAUCUUGAGGUACGCUAGGCUCUUGGAUAAGCAGAUCCUGAAACGACUUAUGGAGAUAUGUCAAGCGGAGAAUGUAAAAUCGACACCAGAAGGUCUCGAAGCAAUCAUCUUCACAGCAGAAGGUGACAUGCGUCAAGCAGUCAACAAUCUACAAUCAACACAUGCUGGGUUUGGUAUCAUCGAGCCCGACUAUGUAUUCAAAGUCUGUGAUCAACCUCAUCCCAUGAUUGUACAAGAUCUGAUUCGAGCAGCUAGUAAACCAGAGGUUGAAGUUGCGCUGGCUCGAGUGUCUGAAUUGUGGAGUAAUGGAUACUCGUCGCUUGAUAUCGUGGGUACUAUGGCCAAAGUCACACAGUAUAGUACCGAGUUGCAGGAGUUUGUAAAGCUUAAUUUUCUCAAGGAAAUUGGAGCUGCUCAUAUGAGAUUGCUAGAUGGCAUGCAAUCUCUUGUCCAAAUACAAGGACUCGUAGCACGGCUGUGUCGUUUGUCCAUGGAUCCUACUGAUCUGAAAGAAUAA